CACCAAAAAUACGUUCAUAUUUGUUAUUAUUGUUUACAUUCUUUUGACUUGACAGCAGGCAAUGGCAGCUAAAUGACAAGAAUAUUCACUAAAUUGUUAGACCGUGAUCAUAAUACCGUGCUAUGACCUGACAAAUGGCGGACCCACUUUUGUCCCAUGAAAAUAGGAUGCGCAGUGGUCGAAGCUCAAUCUCCCCCCUUCUAUAUCUCUGGUUUACAACAGCUGUCAGUAUCAGUCGACCUCAAAAGUGCUCUGCGAAUUUUACAAUGGAAAAAAUAGUUGAUCAAAGAGUUUGCCUCAAAUUUUGUCUUGCAAACGAAUUUUCUUGUGCCGAUUCAUUGAAAAUGUUAAAAAAAGCCUUUGGUGAUAAUUGUAUGUCAAAAACACAAGCAUACGAUUGGUACAAAUCAUUCAAAGACGGUCGUGAGGUGGUCGAAGAUUUGCCCCGUUCUGGACGGCCUUCAACGUCAACAACCGACGAUAACAUCAUCCAAAUCAAGAAAUUAGUGCUCGAAAAUCGUCAUUCAAGUGUUAUAGAGUUGGCUCGAGAGUUGAGCAUUGAUAAAAUGACCGUUCAUAACAUUUUGACUAAUGUUUUGUGUAUGAAACGCGUCGCAGCAAAACUCGUUCCAAAAGAGCUGAAUUUUUUGCAAAAAGAGCAUCGAAAGCAGGUCUCUGAAGACAUGGUUUCUCGAGCUGCUAGUGAUCCAAAUUUCAUGAAACGAAUCAUAACUGGCGAUGAGACAUGGGUCUAUGAGUAUGACACGUUAACAGCUCAACAAUCGACCGAAUGGCGCCUACCAAACGAGCCGAAUCCGAAAAAUUCGCAAAUUCGCAACGAGAACUGAAGGCCAUACCUUUGGCGGAGUAUGAGCGGUGCAUGGAAAAGUGGUUUCGCCGAUAUCAUAGUUGUAUUGUAAGCAAUGGGGACUAUUUUGAAGGAGACAAAAUAAAUAUUGAUGAUUAAAUUUAAA